GAUCUACAAGAGAAUGAUGAUAAAAUCGCAUCGCUAAUAGAACCAAUGAAAAAAAUAUCUAUAUCAGUUAAUGGUAGGGAUACAGAAGCGGUUUAUGAUUCAGGCGGACAGUAUUCAACUAUUACAUACGAAAAAGCAAAAGAGCUGGGCUUGGAAAUAGAUGAAAUCUCACCUCGAAUUAACGAUAUGAUAGUGAUAGAUUUUGUCAGACAAGUACUAUAUAAAGAAAUUCGAAUAUCUCUCCAUGAAUUACUGAAGAUAGUAAAACCCGAGGUUCGACAAGAUAUUAUAAAUUUGAUAGAAAACCCAGAUAUUACUAAAAAACGCAAGAUACGCAAGAUAACAUCUCUGAAUCCGAUUCCGAAUCCGAUAACGAUGAAGCAAUUAUACAUGUAA